AUGACUGCUUGUCAAUUGGCUGUUUAUUCACAGCGGUUCAACCCAGAGAGCAAAGGCAUGGCCAGAAUUAUCGUCAAAGUCGAUGACCAUGGCCACGAGAACAUGAGUGAAGCCUUGGUCGACCUUAGGAGCUACCUCCUUCGGAGUCAAUUACAAGUCUGCACCUCACAAUCCGAGUUAAAGACGCACUUCACCACAACCUACAGUCUGCUACCUCGUCUGUAUUCCACCUGCAUUCCUGGGCGUAUGCGCCUCGCACUUACCAAGGAGGCUCUUUCAGAUUGCUUAACCAAAUGGGAAGAUGAAUACUGUUUUGCAUUUUUCGAUGUCCAUGACAAGUUGCCCUCGGAAAAAAUCCUCGUCGCGUCACCAGACUACGGGCUAAACCGCAGAGACUUCUCAUUAGCACCCUUUGGAGUGGUCUUUCCCUACUGGCCCAUGGCUCCGGUGACUGUCCACACACCCCAACCAAUGUUCAAUACGCACAGAGUCAUCAUGAAUCCCUCCAGAAGGGCCUAUAUUAUUGGGACAGAUUUAGGGAGACUAUCGGGCAACGCGAAGGAAGAAUUGCCAUCAAUCAUCACCAGUCUUUCAAAUGUCGCACAAAUUAUCCAGAAAUCCAGCUUCUGUCUCAUAGUGGUCAAUGACUGGGAAAACAUAACCCCCUCGGCAGUGCGUUCCAUUCACGCACAGUUAUGGACGUGCCUCAAAUUCCACUCCAUUCCCCUUAUACCAACGCAUUACGUCAAGGAGAAUGCGGAAAAAGUCCUGCCAUUCUUCGGCCUUUUAGAAAGUCUAUGGUCCAGAGCAAUCGUAUUCCAGCCCUUCAUAAACGCGAGUGACUUUGUCCACCGAUUGAUGGAGAUAUUCUCUAACGAAGGCGUUGUUUUGAUGGACAAGGGUGCUAAGUUAUUUAAUCGUCACCUGGCAACGGUGGGUAAGCAAGUGGAAACGGCAGUGGCAGCAUUAAACAGAGCGUUAUCGUUUCCGCAGCCUGCGCUUCCCGUAGUUAAAACUUAUCAAACUGGACGCAUCCAGGACACCCGUGUGCACAUCUACGAGGUGUAUGACUACCCGAAGGAAAGCAAAUCGUUCAUGCCUUCGGGCUUGGUGCAGCCCAACGAGGAAUGCGACCCGCCAUCUGAUGAUGCAUUUGAGGGACCUCUUUGGACAUUAGAGACAAGUCCGUGGCAAAGAUGCAAGGCGAGUGAAGUUAUCUUCCUGACUUACGACAGAACCGCAAUGUUGAUCUCCAACAUCAAGCGUUUCCUGCAAAUCCAAGACCUGAUCCAUUCGAUACUUGUGGUAAUCCGGGUACCUUUGAAUAAGCUGCAAAGCCGAUUUCUGCCCUUCGACAUUAUCAAAACAGAUGCAGUAUUAACGCUUGAUGAUGAGGUGGUUCCAGAUGGCAAGUCUACGAGGGCCGGUUUCAGCUUAUGGAAGGAACACCCGGACAGGUUGGUCGGUUUCGUGGCAAGAGGUCACAAAUGGUAUGACAGAAUGGGUCAAUUUCGAUACGUUGCAACGGCACAACCCACCUACUCUUUCAUAUUAACGGGUGCAUCCUUCUUUCACAAGUACUACCUGUAUGCCUACACGUUUGAGCUUCUACACGAGAUUUAUGCAGUGGUGGAUGAGAUAAUGAACUGUGAAGACAUAGCAAUGAACAUGCUUACUCAGCAGAUCUCCGAAAAACCUCCCCUCAGGGUCAUCAGUGGAACGCGGUUUGCGUGUCCCUCCUGUACAGAAGGACUUUCGCGUAAAAAAGGACACUAUCACAUGCGAAGUGCCUGCAUAACUAACUUCAUUCAUUUAUUUGGCUAUGAUCCACUCAAAACCACCAACUUCAUGAAGAAAGUUUGA